ACCCAAUAUAAGCUAUCGUUUCCGUUUGAAGUAAACGGGUUCUGUUGCCAAAUGUUUGGCAACGGAAUCUGAGUAAUGAAUACAUUCCUGUUUUGCAACAUGGAAAAAGCAUUUUGAAGACGUUUAUAUUUUUGCAAGUAAAAAUGUAUUGUUUCGUUGAUAAAGUACGGAAGUUUCACUAAAGCAACAUGUUUUGAGAUGUCUGAAAGGUCAAAAACAUUUAGAGUGCAGAUACUAGCUAUUUGAUGAGCGGAAGAAAAUAAGAAUAUCGCCAUGGUUGUGAAGCCAUGUGCUUCUUUGUUUACCAAAACAGCGGCUGUUGGAGCGAUUGUGUGAAUGGUUCUGUGAAGAACGUGGAAUUUGGGCUGGUAAGAAGUGAGCCGCACAAACGGCGGCAAAGUCUGCGUUUUUAAGUCAAGUUAAAGGACCAUAUGCUGCUGGAGUGGGGCCAUAACAUCAAGGAACCUUGCCUCCCCGUGCACGUUUUCAGCCCUCCGCGGGUGCCUGGAUGUCACCAUUGUACAGGCGCAAGGAUGAUUGUUCAGGUUCUCCUGACGGGGACACUAUACUGCCUACUGCCAGGUUUGCUGGAUGCUACACCUCUGAAGGCUAGAACUGUAGGGGAGGUCAGCAUCGACUCUGCUCAGGCUCAUGGCUUCCUGUCUCAGUCACGCUCCAAACGGAACGUCAACCCGGACCCCAAGUGGCACCGCGGCACGCCUGAUUUCCAGUCCUACUACAAAUUCUACAACAGCAUCGGCCAUAUUGAAGGACUGUAUGAGAUUGACAAGAUCAGGAUACUGUAUCAGCAGAUGCGUCACCUAGAGCAGGUCUAUGGGCCAGACGCCUCCAGCUACCAGAAUGCCCUGGGUGUGAUAACCCCUCCACCUACCACCACCACAGUGCCUCCUACCACUCAGCCCCCUCCUACUACACCAGCAUCACUUUCUCUAACUGAGGCUGAUGUCCUUUAUCUGUGUAACCCCAAAGACCCCCUCUGUAAAGCUCACAUCGUUUACCUGCCUUCAGGGGCCAUCCCAGUCCUCUGUGACCCACGCUACAACCCUACCUGCAAACCCCAAACCGGCAAGGUGGUCAUAGCCGCUGCCGGACCUGCGGAGCCAGCUGUUGAAUCACCUCUCCCACCUCCACCCCCUCCUAAGAAGUCUCUCCCACCUCCUUCUCCCAUUGUCAUUAAAGGGAUGGAGUAUGACUGCGACCCUUACUGGGACCCUGACUGCCUGAUCGAUCACCCACCUCGCUCUGUCCAGGUGACUGAGCCACCACCACCCCCUACUUUCCCACUUGUUGUGGUGGCCCCUGUUGAGGAGGAGGAAGAAGAAAUGGCUACCGAGGAGACAGUAGCACCUUCUGACCCUUAUGAUUGGGGGCGUGACCUUUUUGACCCUUACCACUAUUCCGACCCAGCACCUGACCCCCAGUAGACAUUUUUUUGUUUUGUUUAUCUAAGUACAAACAUAACACAUUAGUACUGCAAUACAACAGAAGGUAAUUUAGGUCGGACUGUGAGCAAAACCAUAAACACAAUUGUACACAAACACAACAAUUUCCCCACAUGUUAUGACAUUUCUCAGUUCCAUCAGAGAAUAUUGUUUUGAGUUGUAGAGACAACGGACUUAUAAUAUAUUGUAUUCAACUUGUGUGUCUGUUAUCAAUUAAUAUUAACAAAAAUUAAGUGUCACGUCCCAUUUGAAAUUGUUUGUGGUAAAAGGUCGCCCUCCAGCGGUGAGAACUGAAAGUAUAAAUUAAACGAUCUAUCUGGACAGUC